AUGAAUGAUAUAAUUUUUUUUGAUACAGUACUACUGUCAUCAUUACUUUAUAUCGGCUUUUCAACUUCCACAGUAUUACAACCUACUAAAGAGCAAAUAGCUAUUUUACAGACGACAUUUAAGAAUCUACUGGAUUUGGAGCAUUUACCAAGUAAUGCUCGACAGCCUGCUUUACGUAUUGAGAAUGCUGCUUCAAAAUACAUGCGACGCUUAUUUAAUCAAUAUAACGCUGAUAUAAAUGACCAAAAUAAUUUGCACGGGAAUAUUAUUAGAAGUAUCAACCCUACAGUUGAAAUACUGUUUGGUGAAGAAUUACUAAUAUUUAAGUUGAAUAGAAUUAAACCAACUGAACAGAUAGUUCGAGCUGAAUUACAUUAUAAUAUUCAUCCGAAGCAUCGGUCCGUAUGGAAACAUGUUAAAAAUAUUGUCAAAGCUCAUGCGUUUUUGCAAAAUAAUGGUAAAAAGCAAACUGUGCAGCUUAAUCCGUCUUCUGCAUCUGAUUUUUUGCUUAACUUUGAUAUGACUGAAUUGGUUUUGAAAGCAAUCAGUGCAAAUCAAAGUAUUAUCGCAGUAAAAUUUUUACGCAAUGGGAAAAAAAUGAAAUGUAGUGGAAUGUUUAAACACAAUACACCUUUUUUGCUUGUAUACACUAAAGAAUCAUUUUUGAUUAAUGCAAUAAAUCAUUCCUUCAAAAUCAGUGCUGAUGCAUUCCAUCAAUUAUCUUCAGGGUUGAAAAAACGCUCAAAAAGGAUGUCUCCAUAUUAUGAGUAUUCAGCAAAAGAAAAACAAGAUGCUAAUGAUAGUAGUAAUACUUGGGAAGCACAAUCAGUACAGCAACUUAAAACUUAUCGAGAGCUGGGACCGCGGAUACUUCGCGACCGUAAACAAGACCGCCGGUUACAAAUGCGUAAGCAAAAAAAAAUUCGUGGUGCUUUCCGUAAUGAUCCAAUGAUGGGAUUUGGUGUAAAAAAGAAAUUUACAAAAAUUAUAACACCUUCACCAUCGUCUGUAGUACAAGAAAAAGCUGAAGAUGUGACACUUGUGCUUCUUCCAGGACAAACUUUUUCAUCACAAAGUUGCAGAAAGCAGAAGUUAAAUGUAAGAUUUCGGGACAUAGGCUGGGAACACUGGAUUAUUGCGCCAACAUCAUUUGAAGCACAUUACUGUAGUGGUACAUGUCCCUUUCCUCUCAGAAAAGAAAUGAAUCCAUCAAACCAUGCAAUUGUUCAGUCAAUCAUAUAUCAAUUAGGUCUGAAUCCAGACAUUCCGAAUGUAUGUUGUGCACCGGAUAAAAUGGAUUCUCUCUCACUACUGUAUUAUGAUGAAGUAGAUAAUGUUGUGUUGAAAAAUUAUCCACGAAUGACUGUUACCUCAUGCGCAUGUUUGUGA